CACACACACUAAUACUAUACUAUAGUACCACAUCAGGCAUUCUCUCACUCCUCCACCUACACAACUUUCCAACAAAAAUUCCGAAGCACACAUAAAUUCACACACCCCCACACACCAAAACACACACACACACACCAAAACACACACCGAUCAUCACACCAUGAAAAUAGUUGUGCAAUAACAGAACCAAAAUCAAACCAGGAAAAGAAGAAAAAAAAAAUCAAGAAAAUGAAACCCUUUUCCUCAAAAAUGAAAUGAAAACAGCCCCCUCCGACAAACACCACCACCACCACCAAAUCCAAGAAUCCGACAACAACAACAACAUUAAAAAACAAUGUCGUCAUCUCCUUCCUCCUCUUCAUCAUCAUCUUCAUCGGCCACAUCGAGAAAAGACGCAGUGUUCAUAGUCCUCCUAAUAAUCCUCUGGUACUCAACAAACAUCGGCGUUCUCCUGCUGAACAAAUUCCUCCUCUCAAACUACGGAUUCGCAUUCCCAAUCUUCCUCACAAUGUGCCACAUGUCGGCCUGCGCUAUCCUCAGCUACGUCUCCAUCAUGUUCCUUAAGGUGGUCCCGCCGCAGAGGAUCAAAUCCCGCUCCCAGUUCCUCAGGAUCGCCACCCUCAGCGUCGUCUUCUGCGCCUCCGUCGUCGGCGGCAACAUCUCCCUCAAGUACCUUCCGGUGUCGUUCAACCAGGCUGUGGGGGCCACCACCCCCUUCUUCACCGCCCUGUUUGCUUAUAUGAUGACCAGAAAGAGGGAGGCCUGGGCUACUUACACUUGCCUUGUACCUGUUGUUGCUGGUGUUGUCAUUGCUAGUGGGGGGGAGCCGAGCUUCCAUUUGUACGGAUUUAUAAUGUGUAUAGGUGCAACUGCAGCAAGGGCUUUCAAAUCCGUGCUUCAAGGCGUCCUCCUUUCGAGUGAAGGGGAAAAAUUGAACUCGAUGAAUUUGAUGCUUUACAUGGCUCCGAUAGCUGUAGUGGUUUUGCUCCCGGCUGCACUUGUUAUGGAGCCGAGUGCAUGGGAUGUCGUCCUUUCUCUCGGACAAGAACAUAAACUCAUGUGGAUUCUUCUUUUCAUUAACUCGACGAUGGCUUAUGGUGCUAAUUUGUGCAAUUUCUUGGUCACUAAGCAUACUAGUGCUCUCACUCUCCAGGUAUUAGGAAAUGCUAAAGGGGCAGUGGCUGUUGUAAUAUCGAUUCUUAUUUUCCAAAACCCCGUGACGUUUAUCGGUAUAGCUGGCUAUACAAUGACUGUAAUGGGAGUCGUCGCUUACGGUGAAUCAAAGAGGAGAUACAAAUGAGAGCUUCCAUUGUGCUAAUCCUUUCAUUCGGGAGCACUUUUGGGAAGAAAAUCAAAUGUUUAGAGAGAUUAAUUCGAUACAUACUUUUUUUUUCCCUUUUUCUUUUUUUAAUUAAGUUCGUAUAGGAUGGAUGUAACCUAGUUUUAUCCGAAAAUGUUGUACUACAUGUUCAUUAGUAAUGUUUAGGUUUAUUGAGGUUGUUCUCACA